UCUGCCUAUAUGUCAGACCUGUGUGUGACAACCUCAGGAGCAGUAGCUUCUCAGAGCACCUACAGCUCGAAGCUGACCAUUGUGUCCAAAGACCUAACCGUCAAGCCGUCCUGUUCCUCCUAAGCUCAGAGUUUCCACGCCGUCCUAAGAGAAGAGAUGUGAUCUGGUUUCUCAGCUUAGAGAAGCUUUAAGGGGUACACUGAAAGUAUCUGCAGAGGUGAUUUGGCCUAGUUGUUUUCGAGGCCUUACGUCAGACCCGUGCAGGCACCUUGGAGUUAUUCACACAGCCGUACAAGAGCACACCUGCAGAUUUGGAAGGACUGGCAGCGUGGACGGUUGAAGAAGAAAAUGAGCCUGCAGGUUCUCUGACCCCCAACGUAGAGCUCGUGAGCGGCAUGGGCUGUUGGCCCAGUAAAGGCCUGUAUGGCAGCACACUUUCCUCAGCCAUACUAAGCCAGGAAGAGCCAGUUGAGCCCCACUCCAUGGAUAGUGGCAGGUACGUAGUGGUGGCCCUCUAUGACUACCCUUCAGGGGGACCAGCAGACUGCAGCAUCAGAGUUGGGGAGCGGCUCAACGUGCUGUCUGACGAGGGCGAGUGGUGGAGAGUGAGUUCUUCAGUUACAGGACGAGAGAGCUACAUCCCCAGUAACUACACAGCGAAACUCUACAACAGGUGGCAAUUUGUGGGCCUCAGCAGGGAGAAAGCAGAGGAACUGCUCCGUCUCCCUCAUAACCACCCUGGGUCAUUUCUCAUCAGAGAGAGUAACAGCGAACACGGUGCUCACACACUCUCUGUGCGGAAGAGUAGCAGGCCUGAACAUCACUCCAUCAAACACUACCGCAUCCACCGCAUAGAGAACGGCUGGCACUACAUCUCCCCCAGCCUCACGUUUCCCACCCUCACCCACCUCGUGGAGCACUACUCGGAAGUGUCCGAUGGCCUGUGCUGUGUGCUGAGAGAGCCCUGCUUCAUUCAGGGUUCUAACAACGUGCCAGUAGUGAGUGGGCCCCCUCCUGUUGCCCUUCGCAAGCCCACACUCAACUGGAAGGAAGUCAGCAGCUCUGUGAUCUUUGGGCCCAAAAAGGACGGAGUGGAGGACACACUUGUCAGUGAAGGCCUGAAGGAGUCUAUUAAUUCCUACCUUUACAUGACUGAGGAUUGUGGGGAAUGUAGUGAGAACUGGGACACAUGAGCUGGGUGUACAGUUUUGAGGAAGGAGGAUAACGCAGCAGCAGACGAACUCGGACACUUUGAGUUUGACGCCAAAACACUGACACCACCCCAAGGAUUGUGGGGGACAUAGUCAAGGCUUGGACAUCGGCGGUGUGCACACAAAAGGGCUCCAUGCCCAGCAACUAGCUCAACGGUCCUUCAGAAGCAGUAGCAUGUGCAGUCUUAACGGAAAAGGUUUUUUCAAAGUUGCACAUUGAUCUCGCUUACAUUGUCAUCUUUUCUUCCAGUGUGGGUGAUGGUUUGAGUAUCACCAAUUGCUGUGUGGACCAGUUCCUGGGGGACAUAAAAGAAAAAGAGAUGGAGAGGGAGGGAGGCAAGAGGGUGCGCUGGUGGGAGGAGAGGAAGUUGACAAGAGGCUGUUUUCCACUGCUCACACCUUCUGGAAGUCUCUCAGCAAAGGGCGAUUAAAACCAUCGCAUCAGCGUUGUCAAACGCCCGAGACGUGCAGCUGCCAUUUUGGUGUCGGUACAGAUUGUUAUUUUUUAAUUUAACUGAAGGCUCCUGUUUGAUGGUCUGUAAGCUUUGUAACCAUGUGCUUCGUAUCGAAUGUUGGUACUGUUAGAAAAUACGGCGGUUGUACGUGAGGCUACAGGAUGCCUGAAAAGAGUCUCAAGAAGCAGUUUCCGGGCUGCUUUUCACCUACUGUAAUAUUCUUAUGAACAAAAGAAGAAAAAAUGCUUCAGGAAAUGAUGUGUAUGUGUGCGUGCGCAUGCGUGCGUGCGAGCGAAAGAGAGAGCAGGUAUACAUGUGCAUAUUUGUGGUUAAUUGUUUUCCAUGUUAGAGCAAACUGGAGUUUAUUACAAUACUUUCCAUAAUUAAUAUAUGCCUUAGGACAUGAAAUGUUUAAAUCUGCCUGAUGAGAAUACCAGAUCCUUUAGGUUCAAGAUAUGAAAGACAAAAUGGCGAUAAAACAAAAUCGUUUCUUCCUUUGUACUGUUGGAUCGUCACCUGUACAACUGUAGUCUAUGGUUUGAUUACACCCACACUUCAAAUGUAAGAAUACGCAUUGCAAGCAAAGGCACUUUCAAUCUGUGAAAAGUGUUUCCUAUACAUGUAACAAGACAAGUCAAGCAAACAGAGCUUGCGCCCUUCUUGCAGAACUCAGAUCUUGGUUUUAAGAACUUUAUUUUAGCUGGUACCUCUAUUAGAUAAUUCUAGUUUUAGUAAAUACGUCUGCAAUUGUACCAAAUGUUUUUCAGCAACUCUGGACUGUGCCAGGUUGAUGAAACUAUGUAGUGAGCU